AAGUUAUUGUAUUAGUUUUGAUGUUGUCUCUUAGGAUUGGACACUAAUCAAAAUUAGUUCAACAGCAUUAAUUCUUCAAUUAUUAACGUGAGUAUAUAUCUUGUUGGCUGGGACAUAUAACUUUUAUUUGGUGCACUACUGAAACAAAACAUUAUCUGAUCACUUUGCUUCAUUAUUGAAUCAAUUUCACUUUGAGAUUUAAGACUUGUGUGGUAUAAAUAAAAUGACUGAAUUUCCUGAUUAUGAUGGUUAAUCGAGCUUCAGCUGUCAUCUUCACUUUGUUUAUUACUGUCAUGAACCAAGUGUUCCACCUGAUUACUUAGUAAUAUUCUAAAUUAUGAUUAACUAACACCUUAUGAGGCUUACCUUGAAGGAUACUAUUCAAUUAGUAUGUAAUUUUUUUAUAGGAGCCUGUUUGUGAGGAUUAUUUGAAUGUGUGUUUACGAAGGGCAUUCUUCCAAGCCCACUUGGUUAUCCUAUUAACUAAUUCAUGUGUUAUGGACCAUGACUAUAUUUAUUAUUUUUUGGGUGCUUGUUGGCGUCAAGAGUUUACGAUUGGUUCGGAAAGGUCGAUUCACGAAAAAAUCAAAAUUGGGACCAAGAUCUCAGCAACCUCAAACUGGAGCGAAUGCGACUUUGGACUCCCCCCAUGAUGGCUCUCAAAUUCUUCCGACCAAUGGCGAAAGUGUCCCCGCUAGUGGUGAUAGUGUCCCCGGUACUUCACGCCCUUUCCAUCCCCCGUGAAGUGAACCAAGGCCUGCUCCACAGACGAGCACAAAUAGUACCCAAAAAUCGCUGACAGGCCAUCUCAACUUGGACGCUAAUGCUAUUGAGGAACCUCUUGUUGAAGAAGAAGUUGACGAGCUCCAUGAUGCUCCUGUGGUUCAGAGUCGCAGAGGACGUAAGACUACAGAGUUUUGGACUGUUAAGAUCAUAGGUAUCUUUCCAAAUUAUUUUUCUUCCAUCAACAUCAUUUAAGCUCCACCCAUUAUUAAUUUACACAAUACUGAAAUUCGUUCAUCCUAAAUGCUUUCAGUUGCAAAAUAGGUCAAUGACAUUUGACCUUCUCCAUUUGUUUGCAAAGUGGUUUUUUAAUUUCUUGUAUCAUAAUCUUUAAUUGGAUAAAAUGUAUUCUGUGGCCUGUCAAAAUAAUUAUAAAAGAUUCUGAUUUAUUAUAUUAAUUUUAUUUUUGCCUACAUUUCAAAUAAAGCAGUAAAUUUGUUCUUAUUAUUAGUUUUCUAAAUUAAAAGUCGGUAAUUUUUUUUUAAAUUUGUUUCAAGUGUUGCAAAUCUACACCAAUUUAUGCAUGUUAUAUGUUGAAUUGAUCCAUCAUAAUUCUUUUGUUAGGUGUAUACUAAGGUAGUAUUUUAAUAUUAUUAUGUUAUAUGUAAAUUUUUUCUCAUGCUGUCCACAACGCAAGUGUUAUAUUUGGCUUAUAGAUUUUGACGGCACAAUCAAGCCGGCAAAACUAAGCGUGAGGGAUGCUAUGGCACAUCCUAAUGGUAGGAAGAUCGUGCUCAGGUUCAACAAUGCAAAGCAAGCAAUUGGAGACGAAGCUGGAUUGUUGAGUGGCGUGCUUGGUCUGCUGGGAUCUGAUUAUGGAAAAUUUCUCAUCUGUAGGAAAAGUUGGCAUCAGAUUACCACUAAAGACAAGGUUUAUAACGAAUGUGUCAAGCAAAUUUUUCACUUUGAUGAAGACAGCGAAGGAAUUAUUAAAAAAGUAUUUUGAAAAGUAUGGGGAAGGCUUGGAAGGAAACAAAGCUGAGGUUGUAUAACCUUUUUUAUGAGCCAACAUUCACUACUGAUCAAAAUCUUGAGAAUCGACUGCCGGGAAUUGAUCGAGAGCAUUGGAGAUGGUUCCUUGACUAUCGUGCCAAACCUGAGACGAAGGAGAAGUGCAGGAAAAACGCGGAGAAUCGAUCAAAACAACAAUAUACCCACAUUGGCGGUUCGAAAAGCUUCACACGGCGGAUGGAAGAGGAGUCGGAAGAACAAGGAAGGAUAGUCGGUAGAGGAGAGUUAUGGAUCAAGGUGCACAAAAAGAAGGAUGGCUCAUAUAUGAAUGAUGAAGCAAGAGCAAUUGGUGAAAGAAUUGAGGAAAUUGAGCAACAGGAUGAGUCUGCCAGAAUGUUGUCUCAAAAUGACUCCAUUGCUCAGGUUUUCGGAAAAAAAAAACUGGGUAGAGUACGUGGUGUGGAUUUUGGACCGACUCCUAAUCAACUCUUCGGUCCGAAUUCACAUGCGCCUGGCAACGGAAUCCAACUAGAGGAGACCCAGAGGAGGCUGCUUAAACUGCAGGCAGAGCUGGAAGGCGAGAAGUUGAAGAGGAAGGCGAUGGAGGACGAGGCAGAAGCAGAGAAGAAAAAGAUGAAAGUAAUGGAGGACGAGGCAGCAGCAGAGAAGAAAAAGAUGAAGGCGAUGGAGAGUGCUCUGAUUUAUCUGUUUCAAAGGCAGGGUGUGGAGCUACCACCAGACAUUGCUGCAGGGAUGAGUUUCAUAGAAUGAUAGAGUGAAAAUAGAAUAUUAUGAUUGGAGUUAUUUUGCAUUGAAGUAAACAUUUUAUUGAAUUAGACUGAGCAACUCUACGAAAGAGAUUUAUUUACUUUGU